AUGACGACAAACGCCGCCACCGUCGACGCACCGCCGCCAUACCACAUGGACUGCUACUCAUACUUCGUUCCCACUACAUCUGGGAUGCCAAGCUUCGUCGUCAACCCCACCAUGGAUGGGGGAGAGGAGUGGUACUUCUUCGUGCAGAAGGGGCUGAAGUACCCGACAGGCUCACGGGCGAACCGGGCCACCAGGGAGGGGUACUGGAAGGUGACGGGGAGAGACAUGGGUAUCCUUGGCGGAGGCACCAGGGAGCUUGUGGGGAUGAAGAAGUCCCUGGUGUUCUACAUGGGGAGGGCACCUUUUGGAGUGAAGACUGACUGGGUGAUGCAUGAGUGCCUCCACGGCAGGACGAAAACCAGAUCGUCAACGGUCCCAAGUGACAAGGUUAUGAUGAGGGAGAAGGACUGGUACUUCUUCGUGCAGAAGGGGCUCAAGUACCCGACGGGCUCGCGGGCAAAUUGGGCCACCUGGUAG